AUGGCAAAGAAGAAGAGCACUCAGACUACGGUGGAAGAUAUUGGUGACGGCGUGUCCAGUGAGAGCGCAUCGCAAUCCUCUUCCAAUGGCUCAAACAAGAACUCAGUCUCCAGGCGGUCGGCGAACGCAACGAUCGACACUGCUCCUGCGCUCAUAAUAUGUCGCAACAAGUCCGUCUUCCCUCCUGCGUUCCUCCCUGCUAUCCCUUUGCCACAGAGGACAUGCAUCGCCAACAGGCAUUGGCGCUUCAUCUCUUCGUUUCAUGGCCCAUGGCUCCAAAUGCCCAUUGAGAUCCUCGAAACCAUUGCGAAUAUCAACUACAACACCCCGGCACCUCGUCCGAUCGACCCCGCCGUCUUCUUCGAUCUCCUCAAGAUUCGCCGACUUGUGGACGAAGCUACCAACCUGGCCGUCCGCGCUGCUAGCGACAUGGCCACACCGACAUUGACAAACGUACAUGGCGGACUGAACGGGCACAUGUCAUCGUUGGGCUUUGGUGUGGGGAAUGGCCAUGGCACAAAACUGAGCAAGGAGCGGAAAUUUCGCAUGAGAGAGCAGGCGAGCCAGAAGCUCGCCCGCGCAUAUCGUCUGGAUGAGAUCGCUUGUAGUGUUGCUACCAUGCAAGGUGCUUCAACUCUCGAGGAGAUUGGUGCUCUAGUGUUGCAGCGCAGCAGGGACGACCCCGAUGCGAGAUACGUCCACUUCUUCCACGAGAAAAUACCCUCGCGACAGCUGGCCGAAUGUACCAGCCUGGCGCCCUUGGAUGAUAUCAUAUCGGCGCGCCCGACCGAAGCUGAGGCGCUGCGAACCAGAGCGACUGUCCGGAUUUUCAAGGAGGACUACGUGGAGGCUGCUUCGGACCUGAGCCUUGCGCUGCAAGUGCACCGCUAUCACCAGCCACUGCACGGGGCAUCGGCUUCACGGGAAGUUCAACUAGCAACAGGGUUUAGAAGAAGCCCAGAUGUCAUCCUCACCGAAGAACAGCAGCCUAGCAGCUUGGAAACACAGCUGUUAUUUCAAAGAGGAGGAGCUUACCUGACGAUCGCUUGCCAGCAUGUGGCGGAUGGCCUUUCGGAUACUCCUGCGAAUGGAGAGACUGGUCGGGCGAGUGGCGCAAACGGACCAUCCAAGUCGGAUAGUGAAGUUACUGGGCAGAGCCCGGAGCCCACCGCGGCGGAUAGCGAGACAGUGCGCAGGCGGUUGGAGAAUCGAAAAGUGGUCAAGACAUACGCCAAAAAGGCCCUCCGGGAUUACAUGGCCUACCUGUCAAACUUCCACUACACGCCGGACCAACCUCUCAAAAUAGCACGGGAUUUUACUGAAAAGGUCAAUCUCGCGGCGCAAGGCAGCCGCCACCCACGUGUCCCAGACUCGGGGAGCACACCCCCCUACAAGACGUACGCCUUGUCUGAACUUUUUGCUGCUCUCGCACCUGCGGACAUUCCGCCAUACCCUUCCCAGGAGUUGGUCCGCUCAUCAGGGCCUGUCCAGCCGAGCAACUACGAAGCCAUCACCUACCAUCCCCUGCUAACGGAUGCCCUUCAUUCUCUGCUACUCUGCCACUGCUUGGUACAGACUUCCACGAAAGAGCUCCUACGCCACGCACACAUGGUCGCCCGACUCGCUCGGCUUGCGGACGGGUACCCGCUGUUCCAAGCCAGCAGGUCUCCGGCGAGGGCAGACUGGAUCGAAGUGCUACGCCGUGCGGAAAACUGGAUCCAGAUGAGUGCUUCCUGGGAACACUUGUGUGCUCCAGCGCCACUCCCGGUUCUCGAUGGACCGUUGGGCGCGCAGCAGGACAGUUCUCAUUCGUCCCAUGACACCGCCGCUCUUGCAGCCGCUGCCAUCACGAGAGACGCGAGCACGUUGCCAGACGUCGGCGAGACUGAGGAGCAGCGUAAAGAGAGGGUUCGGCAGCAGGCCAUUAUGGAUGCGCUCGAUGACGACAGAGUCGUCGACGAGGCUACGCUCCGCGCCGCCAUCACUGCUCGCCAGAAACGGUCCGAGGAAGACCACGAGUACCUCAUUGGCUUGAAGAAUGGCUCGAACGGGAAGUCUGAACAUGCUGAACCCUCCCCCGCGUUACGCCGGUGGAGCGUUGACGAUGGCAGGGAGUACCCGAUACUCACUGAGCGCGCAGCUGCCAUUGCGAAAUGGAUUCUCGAGGCACCGCCUGUGAGUCUCGGGACUGCGAAGCGCAAGAAGAAGACUGCUUCGAAGAAGGGCAAGGAGGUUAUCAUGGAAGGGGCUGCUGCCAAUGUCUUGGCCGAUGUAGUUAUCCAGGACACCGGCAGGACGAUUGACACUGCUGCUUAG